UCCAUCCACAUCCUCCAAACGCCUUUAGGAAUUUCCAAUAGCGCCGGUCCCGAGCUCCUUUCACCUCGGUAGUUCAAUGGCUGGCUCAGCAUCUUUCAAUCCCUUUAUUGUCCUGGGGCUUGUGUUGAUCCUGUUUGACAAUGCAUUCCAAACUGAGGCUAGGGCUUUCUUCGUGUUCGGAGACUCGCUCGUCGACAGUGGUAAUAACAACUACUUGGCGACCACAGCUCGUGCUGACUCGCCCCCGUAUGGGAUUGAUUAUCCGACUCACAGAGCUACCGGCCGGUUCUCAAAUGGCCUCAACAUACCGGACAUAAUUAGCGAACAAAUCGGGUCAGAAUCCACAUUGCCGUACUUGAGCCCUGACCUUCGAGGAAGAAGACUCCUUGUGGGUGCUAACUUUGCUUCAGCCGGGAUCGGUAUCCUUAAUGAUACAGGAGUACAAUUUCUAAACAUCAUCCGGAUGUUCAGACAAUUUGAGUACUUUCAUGAGUACCAGCUGAGAGUACGCCGGCUCAUAGGAGCAGAACAGACACGGCGGCUUGUAAAUGAAGCACUAGUUCUCAUAACGGUAGGUGGAAAUGAUUUCGUGAACAACUACUACUUGGUACCAAACUCCGCGAGAUCCCGACAGUACCGUCUGCCCGAAUAUGUCAAGUUCCUCAUCUCUGAGUACCGCAAGCUUCUAUUGAAGCUGUACAGAUUAGGGGCCAGAAGGGUUCUUGUGACAGGGACCGGGCCAUUGGGCUGUGUCCCAGCGGAGCUUGCAAUGCGAGGCACCAAUGGUGGGUGCUCGGCCGAGCUGCAAAGGGCUGCGGCAUUGUACAACCCCCAACUCAUCCAAAUGCUGAGAGGGCUGAACAACAAACUGGGCAGUGAUGUGUUCAUAGCUGCAAACAUCCAGCAAAUGCACACGGACUUCGUCACCGACCCUCAAGCUUAUGGAUUUGUGACCUUAAGGAUAGCAUGCUGUGGCCAAGGGCCAAACAAUGGCGUGGGGCUGUGCACCGUGUUGUCCAACUUACGCCCAAACAGAGACCUCUGCAUUCUAGGACGCGUUUCAUCCAUCUCAGAAGGACAACAGGCUGAUCGUGCAGCAGAUGAUGAUCAGGUCGACCAAGUACAUGAGCCCGUUGAACCUCAGCACCAUUAUGGAGCUGGACUACUCGUCCUGAUCUGAUACACAUCUUCAUCUGCAGUGAACAAAGUAUCGAUUUUGUUCACAAGAAUUGCAUUACUAGUACGAGCUUCCCCGUUUUUUUCUUUUUAUUGGUUUCGUGUGGUUGUCUUCAGUGUAAUGGGGCUUCAGAUGAGAAGUGCCCAACGUGUGGAUAAGUCAUCCAGUGCCGGUGAAGGGUUAAGCAACUGUACCAGGUUGUUCAAAUAAUCGAGACAAAAAGAUCUGUUUCAA